CAGAACUCGAGGCUGAAAGGCGAGAAGACACAGACUUUUUCCCCCCGCUCUGGAUGCACCACUGAGACGACUGGCAGCACAGAGCAAAGAUCAGCAGACAGGAGGGGUGGCAGUGAAGAGCAGGACUGCCUGCUAGAGGAGCCCACGUGCUUCUUUUUCCCCUCUCUCGCUGCACCCUAUGCUGCUGUUCAUGGAGGACUGGAGUGCAUGAGGAACACCACUCUACUGCAGACUCCUACAUCCUGAAGCCACCCCGCCAAAUCUGGGACCAUGUCUGGAGGCUACGACGAGUACGCCAGCCAGGAGGAGGCCACGGACAGUUUCUGGGAGGUUGGGAACUACAAGCGCACAGUGAAGCGCAUUGAUGAUGGUAAUCGACUCUGCAAUGACCUAAUGAGCUGCAUCCAGGAGCGUGCCAAAAUCGAGAAAGGCUAUGCACAGCAGCUCACUGAUUGGUCCAAGAGAUGGAGGCAGCUGGUUGAUAAAGGUCCUCAGUAUGGCUCAGUAGAACAGGCCUGGAUGGCAAUGAUGACAGAGGCAGAAAAGGUGAGCGACCUCCACACAGAAAUGAAGAGCCACCUACUGAGUGAAGACUUUGAGAAGGUGAAGAACUGGCAGAAAGACUCGUACCACAAACAGAUGAUGGGAGGAUUCAAGGAGACCAAAGAGGCAGACGAAGGCUUUAAGAAGGCCCAGAAACCCUGGGCCAAGAAGCUGAAAGAGGUUGAGGUUGCUAAGAAGUCAUACCACAUGGCCUGCAAAGAGGAGAAGCUAGCCGCCACCAGAGAAGCCAACGCUAAGGGAGACGGCACAGCGCCUGCAGAGCAGAAGAAACUGCUGGACAAACUGGAAAAGUGCAAACAAGACUCACAGAAGACAAGGGAAAAGUAUGAAAAGGCUCUGGAUGAGCUGAAUAAGUGCACCCCUCAGUACAUAGAGAACAUGGAGCAGGUGUUUAACCAGUGCCAGCAGUUUGAAGAGAAGAGGCUGAGCUUCCUGAGGGAGGUGCUGCUCGACGUCAAACGUCACCUCAACCUGACAGAGAACCAAAAUUAUGUCACAAUAUACAGAGAUCUUGAGCGGGUGAUUACUGCAGCUAGCGCUGAAGAAGAUCUGAAGUGGUUCAGUAGUAUCCAUGGCCCCGGCAUGCACAUGAACUGGCCAAAGUUUGAGGAGUACAAUCCAGAUCUUAUCCACACCAUCUCUAAGAGAGAAAAGUCAAAGAAGAAUAACGAUGAAGUCUUGCUGACUAAUGUCAAGACUCCAGGAAGCAACGUUCAAGUGGAGGAUAGGGGAAGUGUGAGCAGCUACGAGAAGAACCAGGCGUACUCGUCCAAUGAGUGGUCAGAUGAUGAAGGGAAGGGUCUGAACUCAGGCAGUGACACCAACGGAGGGUCAAACCCUUUUUAUGAAGAAUCGGGUGAAGGCGUCAGAGUCAAAGCGCUGUACGACUAUGAAGGCCAAGAGCAAGACGAGCUUAGCUUCAAAGCAGGUGAUUUGCUGACGAAGCUGGAAGAUGAGGACGAUCAGGGCUGGUGUAAAGGUCGCCUGGAUAGCGGCCAGCUUGGUCUUUACCCUGCCAAUUAUGUGGAGCCGAUCUAAACGUCCCAGCCGAGGACGCUCGAAAUCCGGACUGAACUGUCCACUCACGCCCGCACAUUGCCACAGACUUUAAAGCAAAUCUUUCUUUUUCCGAAAAGGAGCAGCAAGCUGUCGUCAUCAUAAAGAAGAUUGCUCAAACUCACAUCACCUCCAGUUACAACAACUGAAGCGACACGUUGUUGACUGAGUUUGCUGUCAGCUGUGAUGCUCUUCUCUCACGAGAAAUCGAAUAAGGCGCCGGGGUAUCAAGGAUGAGCUGUGCAGUUAUGUAUUUUAAUCUCUUUUUUACCAUCUGGAUGCUUGUACAGUUUGUUUCGUUAUAAAAUACACUGUUUUCUUCCUUAGUAUUUACACUACGUUUAGCAUUUUUGGAAGUGUAUGUGUGUCUCAUCUUGUAAAGUUCAAUUGGAGAAUUUAAACCACUUUCAAAGCUGCAUGGCCUGAAGAAUGUUAGCUUUGCUUAAAAUUGGGAUUCAGGCUCACACAAAUUUAACAUAAAUGCCUCCCAGCAACCAGAGGGCCAGGAACAAGACAAAUAUACCACAAUUGUUUAAACACUUCAUUUUUUACGUUUGUCACAGAAUCAUGUGUGAAGUCCUGCAUACAAACUAAUGGCAGCAGUGUUAAGCUCAUGAUUUAAUCAGUCGAAAAUGGAACUGACCUUUGACCCUUAAAAUAAACUAAGUGGAUUUUUUCCAUGUCAAAAUAACUGCUACUAUUGCUGGAUAAGUAGGCUUGGUUAUUGUUGAAUAAUCACACUUACAAACAAAACAUAAAACAGCUAAACUUAAUUGUUGCUCAACCGUCCUGCUGAAAAGUUUUUAUGCUCUCACCGUGGGCAUGAACAAGAAUGUGGUGCACAAGUUUGAAUUUAUUCAACAUUGGGUCGAAAUUAUACAUAAAAGCGCAAGCAUAUACAUACACAACCAAAUGUGCACCACAUUUGGUUAAAUAUCCCAUAAAAAGUUGGUUUUUACAGAUACCAACAAGCUUGUGGUGUAAUCUGACUGGAUGUUUAACUAUUCUUAUUAUUAAAGUUUGAUUAAACUGUUUGGUUUUUUGUUAUAGACCAGCUUUUUAGUAUACUUCAUAGAAUUUUAGUGGGGUUGAAAUGACAAUCUGCCAGCCUGCCUCAUUUAUUCUGUUUGAAUUCCCAGUGUUGUCUAUAAAUUUAGACCAUCAGAGCCCAUCUUUCAGAAUAACAAUAUUGAAAUGGAAUAAAAUUUGCAUCUGACCAAAGAUUAGGGAAUUAAAAUUAAGACAUGUAACCUUAAUUGCAGGAUCUUUUGGAGUCGUAAAAGUCAUGCUUUCAACACUGAACUCUAUAACUACUGUAAAGAAUGGUGGAGGCAGAAUCAUACUGUGGGGCUCCAUUCAAUUGUAUACCUUUCUUCCUCAGAUCAGUAUCAGUGGGCUGUGUAUGUUGGAGCUUGCACGUGUAAUUCUGACCUUCUGUGCAUUAGAAUAAUUGAAAAUGAAUUCAACAAAUUUGUGCACCCAGUUCUUGUUUUUUAUUCAGUGAAUUUGCCUGUGAUAUAAUUAGUGCUCCCUGGAAAGAAUCCCAACGUUAACAUGACAUCAUGCCCAUUGUGAGAAUAUGCAAACCUUCCUUUGGCAUGGGAUAAGUUCCUACCUGGAGUUUACAAAAGAACAAAAUGCACUGUGUAACCUCAUUGAUAAGGUGCUCUACCAAGAAUACUGAAGACUGCGGAAUUGUUCCUGCUCAUUUCGCAGUUGUUGCUGCAUUAAUUUAUUAAAGAUAACAGAAACUCACAGUAACUCUCAACAGAGAUUUUCUCCUUUGAAAUGAAGUUCUUUAUCAAAAACAAUGUUGUUUUUAUGUAACGCUUCACUUUUCCCAUUCAUGGCGACAAUGUGCCUAACUCCAUCACCUUUUUUUCACUCUCUUCUCUUUCUCCCCCAAUCAGAUGUGUUGAUAAUGCAGCCUCCAUGAUCACAAGCUGCCUUGUAUACAUCAACCCGUAGCUAUUUUAUAUGGAGAUAAGCCACAUUUACAAACCAGUUUUAUAAUUUAUUUGUUUCUGUAAUCAGUGUGGAUUGCUUAUUUUGAGCGAACGUCGGUGACUCGCAGCUCUUACCCCCUGUGAUUUAGUGCAUGCUGAUGCGCCCACACGCUGUUAACUGAACUGAUCCAGCGCAUGAUCUUGAUUAGUUUCCAUCUACUUAUUGGCUGAAGCUCAAGUUAAUUAAACCCCAGGUUGUGUUAAUGUUUGUUUCUUUCUUAUAGUUCAUCUUUAGUCAGGAGAUUCAGCAUAUGUAGCAGUGCUGUAUAAGAGGCUGAUAUGAUAACUGCAUAUGCUGGUGCAGAUUGUUGUUUAUUCUGGGUGGCAGGCUGCUGUUUCUCACACAGACAGGAAAAGCUGCAGAGUUAGAAGCAGAAAGAGGAUUGGUCUGAAAUAUUGAUGAGACACCAGACUUUUCUGCUUUGAGAGCAAAAAUAAUUAUUUCGCACAAAUCCCCAAAAGUGACACAUUUGUUGUGUGUUAAUGCCUCUGUAUCCUCUUUUUCGUGCCUGCCUCUGUAUGGUGUUAGCGCUCGAUUCAGAGAGGUGAAAGACCUCUCCAAAGACUCUCAGCGAGAGGUAAGCUCUCAGUGACAGAGAGCUUACCUCUUCUGAAUCUUACUCCAGCUCAUGUAGAUCAGUUUACAUAUACACAAGGACUGACUGAAGAACCCAUAGACGGAAAACUUCCACAUCUCAGCUGUCGUAACUGUGUCUUUGUCUGCAUUUGAAACAGGAUGGGACUGUUUAUGUCAACUGUGAAGCUUCUGAAAGCCAGUAAAUGACUAAUUUUUCUCUUGUGCUUUAUGCUGCAACUUCAAAGGAAACUUUUAGAGAACUAGAGGGCUUUCUCUGUACUUUUAGCAUAGUGCUGUAAUUUCCAAAUUGUAGUGCCUGUUCUGCAUAAAUAAUAAAACAAUAUUUCAUCUGAA